UGGGGCUCUCAAAAUCCUCAGGUGAUCGCAGAAAGGCUUUUGCAUCCUGACAAAGUGACCGUACGGUGUGAAUUAUGGUCCGGUGGUGUUAUAGGCCCGUAUUUUUUUGAAAACGAUCAAGGAAGAUCCAUAACAGUCAAUUCUGAGCGCUAUGGACGCAUCUUAACCGAUUAUUUUUGGAGAGAAACUGAAGAUUACGAUCUGGAAGACAUGUGGUUUCAGCAGGAUGGGGCAACUAGUCACAACACUGGCAGUCAGAGCCCUAUUGCAAGAGAAAUUUCUAAGACGCGUAAUUUCUAGAUUGAGUGAUGUCAAUUGGCCGGACGAUCAAUGGAUUGAAUUGAACGACCCAAAGAUUUUUGUGGUAGCAUCUGGAAUGGCACCGUCAGAGUCGAGAAUAAUUGGUGGCCUAGAAGUGGACCGCCACUCCGUGCCAUACCAGGCCGCCCUUUUUAUUGAGUUUUCCAGAGGCCGGUCUUUUUGUGGCGGCUCGUUAAUAUCACACAGCCACGUUCUGACUGCCGCUCAUUGCAUGCAUAAAGCCAAAUUGGUAGAAGUUGUUUUGGGAGCGCACGAUAUCCGCAAAAACGAAACGUCCCAGUUCCACGUGACCUGCGAAGAUAUUACGGUACAUCCGGAGUGGAAUUACCAGAAGUUGGAGAACGACAUCGCCUUAAUUAAACUUCCUCAGCCAGUUACGCUUAAUAAAUAUAUCAGCCCCGUGAGCCUCGCUACGAGCGGAAGUUUUGUUGACUCCAAUGCGUUAUUAACUGGCUGGGGCAAAACAUCAGACUUGUCUACAGUGUCUAAUGUUCUUAAUCAAGUGAACUUGCCCAUUCUAGAGAAUGAACGAUGCAAAUCGUUUUACGAAGACAUCAUUAAUAAUUCUCAUAUUUGCACUUCGGGAGUUGAAUUAAAAGGGGGGUGUAAUGGAGAUUCUGGAGGUCCACUGGUUGUUGACGGUCAUCAAGUGGGAAUUGUGUCGUUUGGAUCAAAUCGUUGUACCAAAGGCUACCCAACAGUAUUCACGAGAGUUACCGAGUUCGCGGAUUGGAUUUCGAAAAACUGCAAUGUCACGCGUGUGUAACUUCAAUGGACUUAUCAUCAAUAGGUUAUAAUUUAUUUAGGUGUAUAGGUUGCCUUUCUUUAAAUUUCAAAAGUCUAAAGUGAAUUUUGCGUCUGGUAGUGAAACAACUACUUUUAAACAAAUACUUUUAUUUUAUAAACCAAAAAAUUUUACAACGAAAAUGCUUGAUGCUCUCGAAGUUACAACCGACUUAAGGCUGAUUCCUUGGUUUCGAAUGCGCUACUGUCCCAAACACCAUAAAUUUGCGGAAGUGGGAAGCUUCUUAGGCAUAAAGCAGACAAAAUACUCGUAUGUGAAAUUAUUCAUUUGUUUGCCGAAAAUUCUCUAUUCAGUCAGAAACAUUGGGAACAUGCCCACUAAUCCCAUUUAUUUCGGCUACAGUAACUGUAUAAAACACAGUGGCGACAAUAAGACCAAAGCUUAUCCCAUUCGCCAUUAUGCGGCGAAACUAUUUGGACUCAAGUCCAAGAUUUAAUUUAAAUUGAUUGUUAUGAUAUAAAAUAUUUUGGAACUAAAUUAGAAACCAGUUUUAAAGAUGAGUUUUUUUAUAUAAAAUGUCUCUCGUUGAGAGUUAAGACAGAGAAAUCGAGGUGAAAUUCAGCAUUUUAUAAGAAUUGUUGUGCGCAAUGGAAAUGCAGUUUAGUUUUAGGUUUUCAGUAUUGUUUGUUCUUUGUAAUAAAUCAAACGCUUUUUAAAAGCAAGUCUAUAGCAGA